GCCAUGGAGCCGCAGGAAGAGGCGCACACGCUCGGGGCGUCCUUGCCUCUGCCUCCUGGGGCCUCGGGGUCGCCGACGCGGGACGUAGAGGAGCGGCCGGAGGGCAGCGCAGCGCCGGUGGCGGCUCCCGCGGGCGAAGAGGGCGACGGCGCGGGCGCCGACGGGCUGUGGGGACUGCCGGUGGAGCGCGCCGAGCGCAGGCCCGAGUGCAGCCGCUGCAGCCGGCCCCAGAAAGUAUGCUUGUGUCCAUAUCUGCCAGUGUACCCACUCCAGAUCUCCACCCAUCUGUACAUAAUUCAGCAUCCAGCAGAGGAAAGCAAAGUGUUGCGCACAGUCCCUCUGCUAGCAGCAUGCCUGCCCCCUGACAAGUGCACAGUAAAGAUUGGCCGCCGCUUCAGUGAAGAGCGAGAUAUUGAACUUUCAACUGUUUGCCGGGACUCUGGUACAUUAAUAUUAUAUCCAGGGGCUGAAGCUACUAAUUUGGAAGAAUUUAUAUUAGAGUCUCCUGUUUAUCCUUCCACAAUCAUCAUCAUUGAUGGUACAUGGAGCCAGGCUAAAGACAUUUUCUAUAAGAAUUCCUUGUUCCGACUUCCCAAACAGGUGCAGUUAAAAACUAGCAUUUGUAGUCAGUAUGUAAUUCGGAUGCAACCAACUAGCAGGUGCCUUUCUACCUUAGAAUGUGCUGCUGCUGCUCUUUCCAUCUUAGAGAAAAAUAAGUACAUACAAGAGACUUUGCUUCGUCCUCUUCAAGCGCUAUGUUCUUUCCAGCUUCAGCAUGGUGCUCAGAUUCGCCUCAGCAAGGAAUACCUUCUGAAAAACGGAUUAUACCCCAAGCCAAUGCCAAAGAACAAACGCAAGCUCAGGAAGAUGGAGCUGUUAUUGAACAGUGUUAAAAUUUAGCACCACUGGCUCCAUGGUGCUCAUUCACCUGUCUUUAGCUGACAAGACUAUGUAAAGUUUCCCCCGGUUUGGGCUUGAAGGCUUUGACUCCGAAGACGCAGUGCUGGUAGGCACUUGUGCAGAAAGAGAUGGGCUGCUAAACAGCACCCUACAGCACGCUUCCACCCACGCUGGGAAAUACAGACUUUCACAGUGUAUUUGUCAUUUGUUUCAUUUUGGUUUUUGUUUUCUUUUGAGACAAGGUU